AUGCAAGAAAACCUGUUCGUCCAUGGUGCACUUGACUUACUCUGCAUUUUGCAGGGCGACGCGCCACCUGCUGGCGGCGGCAGAAACGGGGUGCAGCUCAAGGACCUGGUCCCGGCGGCGACCAACACGGUGAACACCACGUUCAUCGUGCUCGACAAGGCGGCCCGGCCGGCCCACGCGCACGGCAGGGAGGAGACGUGCCUGUUGCUGGUGGCCGACGAGACGGCGGCGGCGCACUUCCUGCUGUGGGGCGCCGAGUGCGACGCCUUCGAGCCCGGGGACAUCGUGCGCCUCACCAGCGGCAUCUUCUCCUACCACAGGGGCAGCAGCCUCGUGCUGCGCGCCGGCAAGAGGGGGCGCGUGGAGAAGGUGGGCGAGUUCACCAUGCUCUUCGUCGAGACGCCCAACAUGAGCGAGGUGCGGUGGGGGCGCGAUCCGGGCGACCCGAGGAAGAUGGUGCAGGAGGCCGUCGUCUCGCACUACUCCCAAGUCUUCAAGCCGCCGCACUGA